GUGAAAUGGAUGAAAGGGACGCCCAGAAAAGAAGCCCCUCCCAUCGGGGCAGCGGCAGAAUGGCGGGUGACAUGAUGCCCCAGGACAGUGAGGUUGCAGGUCAGCGCACAGAGUCCCAGAGUGACCCAUUGGGACUCGGUGGAUCCCCAGAGGAGUGGGGUCACCCACGUGCCUCCUCACAUAUUCCCUUGCCGGGGCACAGGAUAGCAGCGGGCCAUGCUGACAAGGAAGUGAUGGCGGCUGCAGCCCUGACAUCUCUGUUCAGCAGCCACCCACCGGGACACCCAGUUCCAGAGCCAACCAACAGGGUGUGGAAAGAGAGCCUUUCGGCCAGCUACAGCAGCUCCACCAGUGGGAACUGGAGCUGGGAUACCAGCGACCAAUCGGUGCCUUCCACACCCUCUCCGCCGCUCAAUGGCGACAUUAGUAAGGGCUUCCUGCUGUCCUCUCAGGGAGAUGACAUCACAGAGGACUCAGAGACCACGCACUUCCUGUUCGAGGACCCUAUCCCCCGAAAGAGGAAGAACUCCAUGAAGGUGAUGUUUAAGUGUCUGUGGAAGAACUGUGAGACUGUGCUCAGCUCGUCCUCAGGGAUACAGAGGCACGUCCGCACCAUGCACCUGGGUAGGAACAGGGACUCUGAUGACAGUGACGGUGAGGAGGAUUUCUACUACUCAGAGAUGGAGGUGAACGUGGACACGCUGUCAGAGGGGCUGUCCAGCCUCGCUCCCACCUCGCCCAUCACGCCCAUGGCCCCGCCCAUCUUCCCCGACCCGCCUGCAUCCGAGCCUGCCCGUGUCACUGUGCAGGCAUUGCUGGGCUUCUCCUCCCCUCUCAGCCAGUCAGCACCCUCUGCGCUCUGCCACAUCCGCACUGACCACGCCUACCAGGCCUCGGCCCCUGUCAGCAUUCCCGCAGCGUCUGUGUUCAGGCCGAGCGACGGCGAGACCAGACUCUCAUGGCAGUCGCCCCCCGUGGGCCCGUCAAUUCAGAUCCGUGUGCCUAAUGUUGGGGACAGGAGGCAGCCGUUCCAGCAUGCCACCGUCACAAAGUCCCACACACCUGCUACGCCCACACACAAGCCUUUCACAGGAACCAGGAAGCCUCGCGGGGAGGCCAAGAAGUGCCGCAAGGUGUACGGCAUGGAGAAGAAGGACAUGUGGUGCACGGCCUGCCGCUGGAAGAAGGCGUGCCAGCGCUUCACCGACUGAGGGCCCGGCGGGGGGCCCGCCCGCACGCACCCCCUGUUUCCGGCAGAUCGCCGCCCGCGCGCCGUCAGCCCCGCGACGGCCCGCCGCAGCUUAGCCCAGGCCUCCCCAGCAGAGCGCUUGUGUCUCAGUGACUCAUACAUGCGGAGAGGGGAGGAGGGGCUCGGAGGUCUCUGUGACAACAGCCACA